AUGCGCUCAAUUGCAUGGGCGGUCCUUGGAUUGGUCACUGGCUCGAGUGUGAAGGCGCUAACGCCUGACGGCACGAUUCAUCCUACUAAGGUUAUUUUAGAAAGCCUACUACAGCUCUACGCCGUGAUAGACUCAUCCCAAAUCCUUCGGGGUGGCAAUAUCACCGUGCUCACAAAUGACAGCAAUGUCUCCGAGUUGAUCUGGCUGCGCACCGACGAUUCAAGCCUGUUAUACAUCAACCGUACUAAUGCCGAUAUCCGUGGUGGUAUUGAACUGUGGUUAUCUAACACAGCUAGCUUUGAGAAGUCUCGGUACAAGACGGCGUCUUUGCCUGGUUUAUUUUCUGGCCUCAAGACCGCGAUUACCGAACGAGGCGAUAUUAAAUUCCUGGUGUAUGGCCAAUCAUACAGAAAUGGAACGGCGUAUAAUAAAGAGCUGGCAGCCACCCCGUUGAGUACGGCUCACAUCUAUGACAAUAUUUUCGUGCGGGAUUGGGAUACCUGGUUUACCACUACUUUCAACGCUGUCUUCUCCGGCACCCUCAAAAAGGAGGAGGGAGCGGGGCCAAAUCUUCGCUACUCACUCGAUGCGCCACUAAGAAAUCUCGUUGCUGGCAUGAAAGAUCUUGAAUCGCCAUCUCCCCCAUUUGGGGAUUCCUCGGACUAUGAUCUUUCUGCAAAUGGAAUAUGGGUAGCCUUCAAGAGCAAGGCCCCAGAACUGCCCCGAGCUCACCACCCUGCAUCUUAUAUCUACAUAGUUCCGCACGACGCUUCCAUGGAGCCUGAGUUAAUAAACGGUCCAGACAGCCCGCUCACCCGUCAUGGUAUUACAAUCGAUUCCAAUAGCCCAUCAUUCUCGCCGGAUAGCCGGCAUAUUGCCUACUUUCAAAUAGAGAGUAUCUCGUACAAGUCUGAUCGUCGUGUACUCUACGUCUACACCAUUCACUCUAAGGAGAUCUUUCCUGCCGUCGCUCAUGAUUGGGACCGCUCCCAAGGCUCGGUCAAGUGGACGGUCGAUGGCAAGAAUCUUAUCGUGCACGCUUGUUAUGAGAUUGUCUGA